GGAGGUGCUAGUGAAUUCUGACAUAACGAACACCAAACACCACUGUUCCCGGGCUAAUAGGCCUACACUACAUUGAAAUGCACGUUACUAAAUGUUUAUAUACAACAAACACAAGCAUAUUUAAUUACUUGUAUUUAAUGAAUCAACAAACAAGCAAGCACAAGAAUACAAUUCAAAUCCUAGCCACCACAGAGAACAUCUGUGGAUUUACUAGUGGAACAGAAUUGUAGCAGUGUGUAGUGCAACACAGUAUACUCUUACCACUGUCUCUUAACUCACUGAAUCUUUUGUCUCACCUCUGAUCUCCUCUUUACUAUCUCUUCACUCCUGUGUUCCUCUCUUUUCCUCUCUAAACUCAUCUUCACUAUCUCUCCUCCUCUGUUCUCCUCUCCUUCACUCUCAACUUCUGUCUUCAUCUCUUCUUCUCUCAACUCCUCUGUUCUCCUCUCCUUCACUCUCCACUUCUGUCUUCAUCUCUUCUUCUCUCAAUUCCUCUGUUCUCCUCUCCUUCACUCUCCACUUCUGUCUUCCUCUCUUCUUCUCUCAUCCUCCUCUGUUCUCCUCCCCUUCACUCUCCACUGCUGUCUUCCUCUCUUCUUCUCUCACUCCUCUGUUCUCCUCUCCUUCACUCUCCACUUCUGUCUUCCUCUCUUCUUCUCUCACUCCUCUGUUCUCCUCUCCUUCACUCUCCACUUCUGUCUUCCUCUCUUCUUCUCUCCUCUUCCUCUGUUCUCCUCUCCUUCACUCUCCACUUCUGUCUUCCUCUCAUCUUCACUAUCUCUCCUCCUCUGUUCUCCUCUCCUUCACUCUCCACUGCUGUCUUCCUCUCUUCUCUCCUCCUCCUCUGCUCUCCUCUCCUUCACUCUCCACUGCUGUCUUCCUCUCUCCUUCUCUCAACUCCUCUCUCCUCCUCCUCUGUUCUCCUCUCCUUCACUCUCCACUUCUGUCUUCCUCUCUUCUUCUCUCAUCCUCCUCUGUUCUCCUCUCCCCACUUCUGUCUUCCUCUCUUCUUCUCUCCUCCUCCUCUGUUCUCCUCUCCUUCACUCUCCACUGCUGUCUUCCUCUCUUCUUCUCUCAACUCCUCUGUUCUCCUCUCCUUCACUCUCCACUGCUGUCUUCCUCUCUUCUUCUCUCAACUCCUCUGUUCUCCUCUCCUUCACUCUCCACUGCUGUCUUCCUCUCUUCUUCUCUCAACUCCUCUGUUCUCCUCUCCUUCACUCUCCACUGCUGUCUUCCUCUCUUCUUCUCUCCUCCUCCUCUGUUUUCCUCUCAAUCAGUCUUUUUUAACUGGUGAAGUUCUGCUGAGAGGUUUUCAAUCAAUACGCCAUAAUGUUCAGCCAUGGGCAAAAGAGUAUCUUUGUCCAAGAAUGUCUCAUGUUUUGGGUUAAGAGCUGCUGCUCCUUUUAGAACGUGACAGCUGUCAGAGGAAAAGCGCCUGUCCAAUUCACUGAUUAAUCGAUUGAUUACAGGGAAAUAGCAGUGGUUCUGAUAGUCUUCUGAGGUUUCCAGCGGCUCUUUUGAUCCUGUUUGGCUGUUCACCACAAAGUCCUGCAGGUGGUGGGGCUGUUUUUUUCUCCUUACCUGUGGGCGCUGCAGGUCAAUGCCAACUGUCUCACACAUAUCACUGGCACACUCCCAGAUUUCAGUCCAUGUUUCAGCAUUGCGUUUGUCAUUGAGGGUAUCAACAACUGCAAAGACCAGAUCAAUGGCAGAUGCCAGCUCCAAAUCUGUGGCCUGUAGAUGAUCAGAUAAGUUCUUUGUGAGCUUGAAUAUGCUCUCCAGCAUACAGAUGUGCACAACAAAUUGUGCAUCAAUCAGUCCAAUCAGUGAUCUUGCUUCAGUAGCUCUAUGAGCAUUCGUCUGGUUGCUCACAUCCACAAGAGUUGCUAAGAGAGCAGGGAGAGUUCUUUUUAUUGCCCACAGUGUAGAAUAUUGGCAGGCCCACCUGGUAUCUGAUAGUCUUUUCAAUUCCACUGUGCGUUUGGUGGGCUCAAGGUCUUGUUGCUUCUCCAUGAACACCUUGUGAGUCACUGUCCCAGAAAAGAAGUUGUACAACAUCUUGACCGUUGCAAAGCAUUCUGCAACUGCUUUCACAUUAUGUACACAGUCAACUAAAACCAAGUUUAAUCUGUGUGCAGCGCAUGUGGCACUUCUUGGCGAAACUUUUCCUGGACACCAUUGUUGCACCCGGACAUGACAGAGGCCCCAUCAUAGCACUGUGCAAUGCAUGCAUGUUUGUCUAUGCUACACUUAGCCAGUGUUUGUUUAACUGAUUUGUGUAAAGACUCUGCAUCCAGGCCCUCUGCAGAAAUAAAGUCCAGAAACUCUUCAUGAAUCAUAUCAUUGUUUAGAUAUAGCAGAGCAACAGAUAGCUGCUCUUUUUUGCUCACAUCCUUUGUUUCAUCCACCAUUAAAGCAAAAUGCUCUCCCAGCUUAACCUCGUUGCUCACUUGUUCCCUCACCAUGCUGGCCACAACAUCAAUCAGCUCAUCCUGGAUAUCAUGAUGCACAUAUUUGGCAUUCCCAGGUCCACUGGACAAUUUCUUUGAGACAAUGGUGUCAAACUUUCCCAGCAGAUUUAACAGUUCAAUAAAAUUACCUCUGUUUGUGGACUGCUGAUCUUCCCUGUGCCCUCUCUGUGCAAUUGUUUGACAAGCAGUAAACCGCAGUGAUUCUAUGACUGCUCUCAUGUACUGCCUGUUUUCUUGUACUGUUUUUUAAUGUCCAGCAUCAAGCUUAGUCAUAAUCCUUGAACCAUUUUUCAUCCUUGCCUUAAACUCACACCAGCCUUCCGUUGCUAGUUUAUGAGAAACACGUGCAUGGUGUUGUGUUAGUUUCUCACCUCCUUUCCUCCGGUUUCUGAAGCCAGCGUGGGUGAAGCUCUUUUCUGAGUGACCAGAUGUCCGAGCAUGGUGGGGAAAAUGCCGACAGGCAAAACAGAAAGCAGCAUCAACUGACACCGAGUAUUCCAGCCACGCGUAUUGUUUAAACCAAGACUGGCAAAAACUUCUUAAAGUUAGCUGGGAGCAAAAUGCCCGACACGGGUAGGACUUCAGCUGAGGCUGCCUCGGUCCCUCUGCUGGGUCUUGGCUUAAAUCCACAGGGCCAGGUUUCCCGCCACCCAAGAUCGGAGCUACGGCUGUCGGUGAAGCUCUCCCUUCACUCCCCGAAUCUUGCCCGACAUUUUCGGGGAUGUUAUCGGCCUCCGAGUCUUAUGCCGCCGCCUCCUCCGCCGCCGCCUCCGCCCUCGCCCCCGCCCUCGCCCCCCGCCGACUCCAUUACCGCCCUUCUUCAUCCGCCUCUUCAUCCUCACUGUCCAUGUCCACUCUGUCCUCCUCCAUCGUACUGUGCAUCCGCAAAUCACCGCCGCCACCACCAUCAUCCACUCUCAUCCGCUUUCUGGAAAUUAACGUUACAAAACGGUCCAUUUUGCUCUGUCACUCGCUAAUCUGCUCUGUCGUUAACUAGCCGCUAUGCGUCAACCGCCACCAACAUGAAUGUCAAACGCACGUCUGCGUGCCGUCUGCGUGCAAACUGCCAAUCAAAUCGCACUACACAUACUAAAAAGAUACAGACGCUUCUGUAAUACGGACCACUACAGCAACGUUAUAAACAAUUGUUGUCGGACGGUUACCUAUGAUUGUCUCGGUGGUGUCUUAAUUUUUCCUUUAUUUGGAUUAUAGUUUGUAAUGCUUAUAUGUUUCGAGGGCAGGGGGGCGAAUGGGGGUGCAAAGCCUUUGACUGGAGGGUCUUAAGACCCUGCUUGCCCCCCCCCCAGCGCCGCCAUUGUUAAGAGGUGGAAUAAUUCAGGUAGGACUGUGUAGGACAUCACUGAAGGCCUAGGUGUGAAAUGCACGGCCCGCCACUGGGUCUCACACACACAUGUGAAACACUCUCACACACACAACUGCAAACAAAAGCUCUCAUAAACACAUGUGAAAAUCUCUCACACACACAUAUGAAAUGGUCUUACACACACAUGUGAAACACUCUCACACACACAUAUGAAACGCUCUCACACACAUGUAUGAAACGCUCUCACACACACAUAUGAAACGCUCUCACACACACAUAUGAAACGCUCUCAGAAUUUCACUUGAAACGGAAGGCGUUCCAAUUAAACAGGAAACGGUUGAGAACAAACAGCGCAUUGCAAAAUACAGGCGAAAUACUAUUCUUUGUUGGUUCGCUACACCGAUGUCUUCUCAACAGCCCGCAAGUAGCCUAACUGAGGCAGCGGCGUUGCUCAACAAUAUAUUGGCCUCAGCCGAGACCAUUAGAACGCUGUCAAGUGCAACCACAAUGGUGCAGCAACUGACCGUUACAACUCGAGGUGAGGACACCGUGGACGGUCACCUAGCAUCGCUCUUACCAUCCCACAGCGGGCAGCGGCCAGCUACAGCUCCUCUUAGGAGAGAUUGUGCACCACGAUAUCAAGCACAACAUUGCUUUGGCACAUGGACAUCUGGCACGAGGAAAACAAGGUAAUUAUAAAUAUCCGGAGUUUGAAAUUAUCUUUAUAUAUAGCAUGAACAUCGUUUCCACUGCUAACAGACUGUCAAUCCGUUUUCACUUCAUAAACGAAAAAAAACACAACAUUUUGAGUGUUUUGGUCUGAUGUCAUUUUAAUUUUUCAACUUUUGCUUGCGUAUUGGAGACAAAACUUGACUGAAGUUAAUAAAAAUGAUAUGUGAGAUAACUUCACUGCCAGGAGAACCAGGCUAUUAGCUCCAGAGUAAGCGGAAGUUAGCUAGCUAGUGUGCUAAAUGAAGUUAUAUUAUUUUAGUUCAGUGGCAUUAAUUAAUAAUGUGGAAACUGUUAUUUCCUUCCCAAAUGAAGAGCAUUGUUGGUUUUAUCAUUAUUGUUAAUAACAAUAAUAAUAAUAACAUUAACAUUGUUAUAACCUUCACAGUGGGAGAUAUGGACCUGUGCUGGUGACUCAGAUGCACUUAAUUUUUGGUUUAAAACGGGGAAAAAAACAUUUGCUCGUUUUAUCGUUUUUAAUUAAGGGGAAACUGAUUAUACUUUAGUACCCUGACUUACUGUUUUCUCAUUAUUGUUUUAUUAUAGCAGUAUGACUUAACUGUCUGCCUUCAUGUAGUCGAAUAGUAGACUUAUAAUGCAUAAUACAUUCUUAUUUCAGAGCUAGGGCGCAGCAGCAUGGCCAUUUCAAUAAGGACGUGAUACUACUCCCCAAUCCAUCAUUGGAUGUAGUGUGCAAACAACGUCCAAAAGUACGGUUACACAAACAUGGACAUAUCCUCAGUGCCUUUGAAUUCCAGAAGGCCUGGGACCACCGGACUGUUAUUGAUCGCAUCAGACAAGGCUUUGGUGAGCAUAUUCCGGAGGACGUCAGCCUCCAGCUUGUAAUGUCUUGUGGCAAUAAGUUGGUGUCCCCUAAGAUCCAGGAGGGUCAGGAGCUGAAUGGGAUGCUAAUCCACAAGGUUUUUAAAACCAAAGCCCUGUAUGUAAGACCAUCAAGGACCCUUUUAACUGACUCAGAGGAGGAAAGUGAACUUUCUGCCACUGACAGAUCAACUGCUAAGGACAGUGAUGAGGAUUGUUGUGAAAUCCUGCAAAUCCCCGCAGGCACGAGCAGCUGAGUCACCACCAGGGCAGCCUCAAGAGCAAUGAGAAGUAAUGAUCCCUGUACUGGCAAUAUUGAUGGUGAAGGCAAUCCUGGCACUGGCACUGGUAUUGAUGAUGAUUAUAAUGAUGAUGCCACCAACCACCCAGCUACCAGUGCUGUUAGAAGGAGUAGAUUAGUAGUGGAAGGAGUGAUGGCAACCAUGGGACUAGCGGCCAUGAUGACUACUCAUCAUAUUUAGCACUUGUGUCAACUCUUCCUGACGACUCCUCGGAUGACGAGGAAUUAAACAAGGCCAUUAUUGCCAGUAUGGAGUGUCCAAUUGCAGAAAAGGUCCCGAGUCAGGAGAUACUGCUGGAACUCUCAAGCAAAAUUGUUACAAAACGACAGUGCAGGUUCAAUAUAAAUCGCUCUGCUGUCUGGGAAGGAGCCAUGCGGGGUUUCCAAAGGGUAUCCUACGACCCAAACUUGAUGAUUUCUGUAAAGUUCUCAGAUGACAUGGGGAGAAAUGAGGAAGGGAUUGAUUUAGGAGGGCCAAGGAGGGAAUUCUUGAGGCUGCUGAUGGAGACCAUUGCCAGAUCUGCCAUGUUUGAGGGAAAAGAAAACAGCAAGAACUUCGCUCUUGACAGUACUGCUCUAAGAGAGGACUGGUACUACAACGCUGGCAGAGCCAUUGCAGUGAGUUUGGUGCAUGGUGGUCCACCACCAAACUUCCUGUCACCAACAGUGUUUUCGCUUCUUGUUGAUGGUUCAGCAAAUCCAGCUGUAGAAGACAUAGCUGAACCAGAACUCCUUGAGAAAGUCAAAAAGAUUCUGUGAAGGUCUGAAGACUCUUGGGGUUCUUGAAAAAAUCAGGAGACAUCCUGACAGCUUUAAGCCCCUGUUUUGCUAUGAGGCAAGUCUUCUCACUGCUGACCAGAUGGACAAUCUCUUCAGCAUUCGACUCUUCCCAGAAGGGAGCAACAAGAGAACUGCAGAAGAAAUGGUUGUAAUCUUCUGGAGAGACUAUCUCCAGGAUGCAGAAGAAGAAGAAGGGCCAUCCAAACUACAAAAAAUAUUGGCCUUCGCAACAGGAGCCUCUGUGGUGCCACCCAUCGGCUUUUCCCCAACACCUUCUGUGGAGUUCAUUCACAAGGGAGAGGACGACUAUGCCUCGACACCAUUGUUCCCUAUGGCCAACACAUGUGUCAACUCCAUCAGGUUGCCGCUACAUGUGUCAUAUGAAGUCUUUAAAGACAAGUUUGACUUUGCUUUAGGGAACACUCAUGGGUUUGGCAGGUCAUGAAUAUACAGUGGUGGAAAUAAGUUUUCAACGUGUCAACAUUUCUUUCGUUAAAUAUUUUAAUAUUUUUCUGAUGCAGCUAUUCGUUUGAGAUUUAUACCACUUAUUGGAAUUGACUCAAUAAAAGUCAAUAAGUAAAGCUACACAGGUAAAGACAUUUACAUGUGUGUUUAAUACUUUUUCCUCUGUUAUUUCACUUUGUUAAACACUUUUUAUGGAAUGGAAUGUUACGUUUCCUUUACCUGUGUAGUUUUAUUAAGUCAAUACCAAUAUCUGGUUCAAAUUUAU